AUGCUACCCAAAAAACGCGUCUUACACAACGUCGAUCAUCAAACAACACAUCGCGUGUCUAUCGAGAAUGGUAAGGAUGCUCAAAAACAAGCAGAAAUCAUUGACGAACCGGAAAAUUAUGCUAAACUGGAGAAAAUUGGCUCUGGCACAUAUGGUGUAGUUUACAAAGGACAAGACAAGAAAAACGGGCAAAUAGUAGCUUUAAAGAGAAUUAGACUUGAAACUGAAGAUGAAGGCGUGCCACCCACAGCUAUGCGAGAAAUCUCGGUACUUAAAGAAACCAAAUGUCGGAAUAUUGUUCAACUUUUAGAUAUUGUAUAUGAGGAGCGGAAACUUUAUCUGGUGUUUGAGUAUUUAGAUAUGGAUCUGAAGCGUUAUUUGGAAUCUUUGCAAAAAACUGCAUUUCUAAGCCCUGAUAUUGUGAAAAAAUUUAUGUAUCAAUUGCUUGAUGGUGUUGCUUAUUGUCACUCUCGUCGGAUUCUGCAUCGUGAUCUUAAGCCAGCAAAUCUGUUGAUUGGAAAAGAUGGUAAUUUAAAACUUGCUGACUUUGGCCUUGCAAGAGCUUUCGGUGUGCCACUUCGACCAUUAACUCACGAAGUUGUGACGUUAUGGUAUAGAGCACCUGAAAUCCUGCUUGGUUCGCGUCAAUACUCCGUUCAUAUAGAUAUUUGGAGCGUAGGUUGCAUUUUCGCGGAAAUGAUUCUUAAAACUCCUUUGUUUCCAGGCGAUUCUGAAAUAGAUGAAAUAUUCAAAAUUUUCCAAACACUCGGGACUCCAGAUGAACAUAUGUGGCCUGGUGUUACUAGUUUGCCUGAAUUCAAAACAAAUUACCCGUCUUGGUCUUCGCAAUCUUUGACUAAGCAUAUUCCAGAAUUAAACGAGGAUGGCAUAGGUCUUCUUCAGCGAAUGCUACUUUACGAUCCGACUAAACGUAUCUCUGCAAAACAAGCUCUUACACAUCCGUAUUUCACUGGAUCCACAGGUCUAUACAGAGUAAAUGAUAUUAUUUAA